GACUGCUUUCCUGCUGUGUAAUUAUGUACUUGACUUCCAAACGAUGUAUCGGAAAUCCUAUCACAGAGGGGCACUCCCUGACGUAGCGACGCACCGAUGGGCGUUGUUCUUCCAUAAUGAGAUACUUUAUAACUGCAGCGCUGCCCUUCAUAUCAAUCUAUUCAGAAGAAAUUGGAACAGUUGUUGGACUCGGGGAAACUUGCUUUGCGCGCUUUUCGUCGGAAAACGAUUUUUGUGGAAUUAUAGUCACUCUGCAGUCGCACUAACUCCUUCUGACAAGAUGCUGCUCCUACUACUGGGAAUCGUCCUCCUGCACAUUGCAGCCCUAGUCCUCCUAUUUGUGUCAACAAUUGUCAGCGCCUGGACGACAGGGUCCACUAGCAGCUCAGACCUCUGGAAUAACUGCUCUACAACCAAUGGAGGAUACCACUGUGACCUGGCCAACACUGGAGAGUGGAUCCAGGUGGUGCAGGCCCUGAUGAUCCUGUCCAUCAUCUUCAGCUUCAUCUCUCUCUUCCUGUUCUUCUGUCAGCUCUUCACCCUUCCAAAGGGAGGCCGCUUCUUCCUCACUGGAGUCUUCCAGAUCCUCGCCAGUCUGUUUGUGAUGAGUGGAGCAGUGAUCUAUACGGUGAUGAGUCCUAAAUGGGUGCCUGAUUCAGAGGCCUUCGGCUGGGCCUACAUCAUGGCCUGGGUGGCCUUCCCUCUGGCCCUGAUCAGCGGACUCAUCUAUGUCAUCUUGAGAAAGCGGGAAUAAGACCCUUGUCCCCUAACCUCCACCCCGCUCUCAGCAUUAACAAUCCCCCCCCCCCCCCCCCUCCCCCAGGAGAGUAAGGUCAGAAGCUUGAGGACUGGUUUAUCUGACUGGGUCCACAGCCGUCUUCACCCAGGUCUGCAUCAUACUGAGAGGUAACACAUGAUGAAACAAUACUGUCAGAAUUUGAAGCUGUAUAUAGUAUCUAUGGUUUAAAGUCUAUUUAUAACACUUUUUACAUAUGUGUACAUAGUAUUGUUGUGUUGCUCCGUCAGAUAUUCAGACAAGCUUUGUUUUAGCUGAUAAAUAUGUUUGUAUUGAUGAAAUAAUUAGACGCUAUGUUGCUGUAAACCACCAAAAGAUCAAUACAACAAGUUUUUGAACAGUUUUCACCAAAGUGCAUGUAUAAAAUAGAGCUAGAAGGAUUUUGUCUGAGCUUGCUUUAUAAAAACUAAGUGGUAACAUCCAAAUAAUGGCUUAGAUGUUUUAACUUUUUUAUAAAAAAAGAUUUCAACAAAGAUGGUGCUAUGUAUUUACCAUUCCUAUUACUGAUAGCCAUUUUCAUUUAGUCAAAUGACUUGACUUAUGAAGUAACUAUAAAUGUCAGGGUGAGAAGUAGACUUCAAUGUAAUGUCCAUGUGCCUAACUGCUGUUUAUAGAGAAAUUAUUUAGAUUUGUUUUUAAAUAAAAGCUUUAGGAAAAACAGUCAACUGUGAUUGUUCAGCUAAAAGGAGCGUUGGAGUUGUUUUUUGGAAUGUCAGUAUUAGACAUCUUUCCAUUGUUCCAUUUUAAUUCCUCUGUUUUAGACAGAGUUCAAGGAUGGAGAACAAGAGAUAAAUGACUGCAUUGACUUAGAUCUUGGUUGUUGUCUUCUCUCUCACUGUAAGGCCAUGCCAUGUUCAUCUGUUUGUAUUUAUAGCAUAUUGGACAGAGUACUGUAACAACUAGUAGGGCGUUGCAGCCAGAUCAAAAUGUAUGUUUUAUAUAUAUGAUUAUAUAGAUAUUUCAAAGAAGGUCAAGCAAGCUCUGAGGCAGCGUACUCCUACCUGAUCAAGGCAGAAUAGAGGACAUGAUUUCUAGUAUUAGCCUUGCCAUGUGGGAGGAAAUGGACAGAGGUCUGCAGUUAUGAUACAAAUGUUCCGUUUCACUUUUGAAGUUUGACAAGCUGCAGUUUCUGCCACACUGAAGUACAUGACUUGUGUUUUCUUUAUCAUGUUAAUAACAUGUCUUUGACUAUGUAGACUUAAAGCAAACCAAAUUGAAAACAGCUACCUACGGGGGAUUUCUAUGCAUUUCACUACUUUAUUUAGUGUUUUCCUCUUCAUCACAGCGUAACACUAACCCCAUUAGAGCUACAGUCAAGACCAUUGAUUAAUGUUGAACUGCAUGUCGCUACUUAGCCAUUUACAAUGUUAAUAGCUAUGUUUAAAUGGUCCAGUGUCUGCCUUGAAGAGUAUGGUAAACUACUGAAGAGAGGAAGUAAAAAUGUACAGUGCAUGAAAGAGUGUAAUGUGGGAUCUCUUCCUGUAUUUGGUUGGUCUUAGAUAACUGUGUUAUUAAAGAGAAUGCAAAUUCUGAA